AUGAGUGAAGAAAGUAAACCUUAAGAAGAUAAUAAGAAUAAGAGUGCAUUUUUGGCUUUUAUAGGUAUUAGCUAAAAUACUUUUAUAAACUAAUAGUUUAACAGAUCCUUAUGGAAAUGUUUUAACUAUUAUCAUGCAGAAUUUGCUAAAUAGUAUAAAGUUAAUCCAAAUAAUGUUUAGAUUUUAGAUUUUUUUGAAUCAGGUGAAACUCAUAGGUAUGAAAAUAUGAAAGAAGUUGAAAAUUAUUGCAUAAUUAAAAUGAAAGAAUUUACUGAUAAUAAUUUCGCUGAAGAAUAAAAAACAUUUACUGAUUGCAGAAAAGAAUGCGAAAGAGGAAGCUCUUCAUAAGGAAAGGUUAUGGCAUUCAUAUCAAAUGAAAAGUGCUAUAAAAAAUGUAGAAUAAACUUUGAUAAAUUAACAAAAGAAAAAGUAGCAGUAGUUUUUUCUAAGUAUAUCCCUGAGCUGUCUGAGUUAGUAUAAAUUAAUAAAAAAAUCAAUAAAAAAUAAGAAGAAGAUUAAAAGAUUGAGGAAAUAAAAUAAGAGUAUGGAAAAUAAUGA